CGCUCUUUUGAUGACGUUCUUCCUGUUUCACAGUAACGGCACGUGUACUGUCCAGUUCAUAGCUGAAGAGGAAAGAAACAGCAAAGAAACUUCAGCUUCCAGAGACGUUUGUGUUGUCUCUGUUGUUUUUUGUUUUGUUUUGUUUUUUGUUCAGGAAAGGCUUUGCCAUCUAAGCGAUCAAAAUGGUGAAGCCUCGGUUCAAGGGGAACAGCUCGAUAAACCCCUCGUCGUCCAGCAGCAACCCUGAUCGAGUCAAAGGUGCAGGUGGGAACAACAUGAGGGACCGAGCCACUAUUAAGCGUCUGAAUAUGUACAGACAAAAGCAGAGAUGUAAUAACCGUGGAAAAGUCAUCAAGCCUUUACAGUACCAGUCCACAGUGGCUCCAGGGACUGUAGCCAGAGUUGAACCAAACAUCAAAUGGUUUGCAAAUACCCGUGUGAUCAAGCAGUCGUCCCUCCAGAAGUUCCAAGAAGAGAUGGGAGCUGUACAGAAGGAUCCAUAUCGUGUGGUUAUGAGACAAAGCAAACUCCCCAUGUCCCUCUUGCAUGAUAGAGUCAAAGCCCAUAACUCCAAGGUGCACAUUCUGGACACAGAGGGUUUUGAGACCACGUUUGGGCCCAAGGCUCAGAGGAAGAGACCCAGCCUCAUGGUGGGUGAUGUGAAAGACCUCAUAGAACAAGCCGAGGCCUCGGCCCAGAGCUACAAUGCAGACAAGGACAAAGACCUGGUAACCGAAGACACGGGUGUCCGGGAGGAAUCCCGUGAGGAAAUCUUCAAAAAGGGUCAGUCCAAGAGGAUCUGGGGGGAACUUUACAAGGUGAUUGACUCAUCUGAUGUCAUCAUCCAAGUGCUGGAUGCUCGUGAUCCAAUGGGAACUCGCUCCAAGAGCAUAGAGACAUAUUUGAAGAAGGAAAAACCCUGGAAACAUCUCAUCUUUGUUCUUAACAAGUGCGACCUCAUCCCCACCUGGGUCACAAAACGGUGGGUAGCUGUUUUGUCCCAAGAGUAUCCCACUUUGGCUUUCCAUGCCAGCCUCACCAACUCGUUUGGCAAGGGCUCCCUCAUCCAGCUGCUCAGGCAGUUUGGCAAGCUCCACACAGACAAGAAACAGAUAAGUGUGGGUUUCAUUGGCUAUCCUAAUGUGGGAAAAAGCUCAGUCAUCAACACGCUGCGGUCUAAGAAGGUCUGCAACGUAGCGCCACUCGCCGGAGAAACAAAGGUGUGGCAGUACAUCACUUUAAUGAGGCGCAUCUUCCUCAUUGACUGUCCUGGUGUUGUCUACCCUUCAGAAGACAGCGAAACAGAUAUUGUCUUGAAAGGAGUGGUUCAAGUGGAGAAGAUCAGAAACCCAGAGGAGCACAUUGGGGCAGUACUGGAGCGUGCCAAGCCAGAGUACAUUCAGAAGACUUACCGCAUCCCUACUUGGAACUCUGCUGAUGAUUUUCUUGAGAAGCUCGCAUUUCGCACUGGGAAACUUCUGAAGGGCGGUGAACCAGAUCUCACCACGGUCUCCAAAAUGGUGUUGAAUGACUGGCAGAGAGGACGUAUCCCCUUCUUUGUGAAACCCCCUGGACCUGAGGGGGAUCAAGAGGACAAGGAGCCAUUGGCAGUUGAAGGACCCUCAAAGGCAGUUGAGGAUGGGCAGGAGGAACAGCUGGACAAUCCGGAUGCCAUCUUAGAUGAACAGCAGCAGCAGGAGAGACAGAAGGAGCAGGUUCAGAAGAUUCUGUCUAAUGUGCGACAGAACUUCGGCAAGAUCUAUGUGGCGCCGGAAUUCAGCGAGGAAGACUUGGUUCCUGUGGAGAUGCCUGACCUGGCCAUGUCUGACUUCUCCGGUUCUGACGGUGAGGACAACAGUGAAGAAGAGGACGGUGGAGAGGAAGACAGGACAAAUGAUGAACCAGUCGAUGGAGAGAUGGAGGAAUCGGAGCACACGACCGCUCAGACUGGCAAGGCAAGCAGCAACAAGAGUUCACGCGAGGUGAUUCGUGAGCUGGAUGAGAAGAUCUCCAAGUACAAGCAGUUCCUGGAGCGGGCCAAAUCCAAACGCUUCUCUGCAAUCCGGAUACCUAAGGCACUUUCUGAAAAAGUGUUCACAGACAUCAAGACUAAACAAGCGGCAGCAGCUAAGCAAGCACAGAACAAAGUUGCAAACAAGAGGAGCACUAAGAGGAAAGCUGAGGAGGACGACGAGGAGUCCACACAGACGCGUCGACUGACAUCUAAACAGAGAAGAGCGAUGGACCGUGCUCAGAGGGUGAAGAAAGUUGGUGCGCGCUAUUACGAAACACACAAUGUGAAAAACAAGAACAAGAACAGAAAGGCCCCGUCAUCAGCCACAGAAAGCCAAAAGGCCAAACAGUCAAAGCACUAGACUGGAGUUGUAAAACACAAUAUGUGUAAUAAAGUUUUAUUUAAAUUUGUCAGAGAAGCAGCAUUUUUAUUGAAAAUGUAGAGUUGAUAAAAGGUGGAAGCUAAAUAAGUGUUAAAUAGUCUUUUAUCGAGUGGACACUUUAUGCCUUAACUUGUUUUCUUCUUGCCUUUUCAACUUUUACCCUUCAACCUUUAACUGUUUUGUGAAUGACAUUUCAUUAAUCAUUUACACUUGUAGUGUUCUCUUGAUGUUCAAGAGGAAUUUACAGUAAUUGUUGGAACUGUACAUGUCAUGCCAUGAAAACAAUAAAAUAUUUGCUCAUCA